CAUCCGGGUCCCCGCGCGCGGCGUCGGCUCUCGGUCCGGCUGGGUCCCGCGCGGCCAAAGGGAAGAUGCCCGCCACCCAAAAGCCAAUGCGAUACGGCCACACGGAGGGUCACACGGAAGUCUGCUUCGAUGAUUCCGGCAGUUGCAUCGUGACCUGCGGCAGCGAUGGCGACGUGAGAAUCUGGGCGAGCUUGGACGACGACGACCCGAAGUCGAUUAACGUGGGAGAAAAGGCUUAUUCUUGUGCCCUAAAGAAAGGAAAACUGGUGACCGCCGUGUCCAACAACACCGUUCAGAUUCAUACGUUCCCUGAGGGCGUCCCAGACGGCAUCUUGACUCGCUUCACCACCAACGCGAAUCACGUCGCCUUCAAUCGGGAUGGAUCGAAAAUCGCGGCCGGAUCCAGUGACUUCCUAGUCAAAAUCGUGGAGGUGGUGGACAGCAGCCAGCAGAAAACACUGCGAGGACACCAGGCCCCCGUCCUAAGCGUCUCCUUCGAUCCACAGGACGUCUUUCUGGCGUCGGCGAGCUGCGAUGGGACCGUUCGAGUCUGGCGAAUUUCAGAUCAGAUCUGUUCCGCGAGCUGGCCUCUGCUCCAGAAAUGUAACGACGUGAUAAACGCUAAAUCCAUCUGCAGGCUGGCAUGGCAACCCAGUCAGGGGAAGUUUCUGGCGGUUCCAGCGGAGAAGACGGUGAAGCUAUACAGGAGAGAAACUUGGAAUAAUCCCUUUGAUCUGUCGGAUGAUUUCAUCUCUCAGACGCUGAACGUGGUCACCUGGUCUCCCUGUGGAAAGUUUAUAGCAGCCGGAAGCGCUAACGGCGGUAUCGUCAUUUGGGACGUGGAGACCCGGGCCUGCGUGGAGAGGAUAAAACACGAGAAGGGCUAUAGAAUCAGCGGCCUGGCCUGGCAUCCGAGCCGGGGACAGAUCGCUUAUACCGAUGCCGAGGGGAACCUGGGGCUGUUGGAGAACGUCGGCGAGGGCGAGAGGAAGAAACCGAGCAUCGGGGCCCCCGGCGCGGCGGAAAAGGAUUACAGCGAUCUCUUCGACGGGGACGACGACGAUUUCCCCAGCGGGGACCGAGCGGAGUCCCAGUCCACCCCGAAGAGAGGGGUGGAGGACGACGAAGACGACGACGACCCGAUGCUGGCUCCCAGUCACCCCCGGCAUCGGAGUACCGUUCUAGAGGACGACGAGAACUCAGCCGACGGUGCUUUGCUGAGCGCCGGUUUCCGUCCCGACAAGGAGGGAGAGGAGGGUGACCGGGCGGGAGGUCCGCAACGCCGGCCGCUCUACGACGGACCGGUGCCCACCCCCCGUCAAAAGCCAUUCCAGUCCGGCUCAACUCCCUCCCACCUCACUCACCGCUUCAUGGUGUGGAAUUCGAUCGGGAUCAUCCGCUGCUAUAACGACGAGCUGGAUCACGCCAUAGAUGUGGAAUUUCACGACACGUCCGUCCACCACGCGACACACCUGUCCAACAAUCUCAACCACACCCUCGCCGCCCUUUCCCACGAAGCCAUCUUGUUGGCGUGUGAGAGCACGGGGGAACUCGCGAGCAAGCUCCACUGCCUGCAUUUUAGUUCCUGGGAUUCAAGCAAAGAAUGGACAGUGGACAUGCCCAAGGACGAGGAAAUUCAAGCCAUCUGCCUGGGUCAGGGCUGGCUGGCGUCUGCUACCAGCGCCUCACUCGUUCGAAUUUUCUCCAUCGGAGGCGUCCAGAAAGAGAUCUUCAGCCUCCCCGGGCCCGUGGUGUCCAUGGCGGGACACGGAGAGCAGCUCUUGAUCGUCUAUCACAGAGGAACUGGUUUCGAUGGGGAUCAGUGCCUGGAAGUACAACUCCUGGAACUGGGAAGCAAGAAAAAGCAGGUUUUGCGUGGCGAGCCCCUUCCCCUUUCGAGGAAGUCCUAUCUGACAUGGAUUGGAUUUUCGGCAGAAGGGACUCCCUGUUCGGUGGAUUCCGAGGGCACCGUGAGGAUGCUAAACAGACGCUUCGGGAACACCUGGGCCCCGAUAUGCAGCACCCGGGAACACUGCAAAGGAAAGUCCGAUCAUUACUGGGUCGUUGGGAUUCACGAAAACCCCCAGCAGUUGAGGUGCAUUCCUUGCAAAGGAUCGCGGUUUCCUCCUACGCUUCCACGCCCUGCGGUAGCAAUUUUGUCAUUUGAGCUUCCCUACUGUCAUAUUGCAACGGAGAAAGGGCAAAUGGAGGAACAAUUUUGGCGUUCGGUUCUGUUCCACAACCACCUAGACUACUUAUCCCAAAACGGCUACGAAUUUGAUGAAAAUGCCCAAAAUCGGGCCACGAAGGAACAGCAGGAGCUCCUGAUGAAAAUGUUUGCCCUUUCGUGUAAACUGGAGCGUGAAUUUCGCUGCACGGAGCUCGCCGGGCUGAUGACCCAAAACGCCGUGAGUCUGGCCAUCAAAUACGCCUCCCGCUCUCGGCGGCUAAUAUUAGCCCAGCGGCUCAGCGAGUUGGCCGUGGAGAAGGCGGCCGAACUGGCGGCGGCGGCCGAGGAGGAGGAGGAGGAGAGAGGCGGUGAGCGGCAGGAGGAUUUCCGGAGCAAGCUGAACGCCGGGUACAGUAACACAGCCACGGAAUGGCGCCUACCCCAGUCCAGAAGCCACCGGCCAGAGGACGAGGAGGAAGACGGUGACGAAGCCAGUGAGGUCGAAGAGGCGGAAGAGAAACCGGAAACGCCUAGGAAUAGACAGAAUCCAGUCUGUAAAGGCGUCGAGUCACCCGAAGCCCCGGCUCUCAAAUCAGGUGCGAUUAUAUCCAGCAACCAAGGACGAGUGAAUCCCUUCAAGGUAUCAGCCGGCGCGAGAGAAGCAGGCGUGACUGGAAACGGGGUCCGGCCUUCGAACAUUUUAGAUAACAUGAACAAACUCUCCCGGAAAUGGACGGCGGCCGCUCGGACGGCGAGCAAGGAGAAACCCGUGGUUAUAAAGCCCCUCGCCCCGAAGCCGAAGUCCAAGCAGGCCCUGGCAGCCAAUUUUUUCCACACCCGCACCCCUAAAACGGACGCGACGGCGGAGGCGGGCGAGGAAAAGUCGGAAAAUCCGGUGUCCGAAAGCCCGGUGGCUCCUCCUGAGAAUAUUGAAAUCAAAAGACCCCGGACGGGCUUCCAGUUGUGGCUCGAGGAGAACAGAAAAGACAUCUUGGCUGAUAAUCCUGGUUUGUCCGAAGAAGCGGAUAUUAUAAAAGAAGGCAUGAGUCAGUUCAGACUGCUGUCAAGCGAAGAAAGGAUGGGAUGGGCGGACAAGGCCAAAGGAGGAACCGCAGGCGAUGAGGCCGAAGCCAAGAAGCGGAAACGUUCAGCCGGCGAAAGAAACGAGCAAGAGAGCCCGAAAGAGACAUCCAAGGAGGACUCGAGUCUGUCCAAAAAGCGGAGACCUCUGGACCUCUCCGCCAGUCAGAAGCUCUCGGCCUUUGCGUUUAAGCAGGAUUAAAUCCACGGAUCGACAGGAUUCCUGUCAAAACACUUUUGAAAAAAACCCGCCCUUCCUGCGGGAAGCGUGGUAACGUGUGCGGGAAGGAAUUUGUGAAAACGACGAGCUGUGACUGCACGGAGUGGGGCGGAAACUGCCGAAAUGGCUCGUCGUGUUGGAGAAUCUGGACGCGGAUUCUUCCAAGCGGGAUUUGAAGUUAUACGUAAAUAUAUCAUUCUGUAGAUAAGUCCUUUUUGCAUUGUUUCUCUGCUUUUCAAGUUUUCCAGGCGUUCAAACCUCCGUUGCAUCUGGCAAACAUCAGCUGUAAAAAAAAAUAAAUAAAAAUUAAAGG